CACUUGCCGGCUGAAAUGUGCAUGCUUUAGGCCGUGACUUGCUCCGAGUCAACAGGAUCGCCAAAGCGAUCACAGGGAACAGCGAAGCGCUGACAGGUCAGAGAUAAAAGUUCGGCGGGCAAAAGGAAGAGGACAGAGAUAUAAUGCGGACAAGUAUUCUUUGUCUAUUUCCACCAAAAGUGUGUGCUGCUGUAAAAUCGUCCUCAAGAUGCGUAUGUCUGUUUCCGAGACCCCUUACCGGCCACAGAGUAUCAUCUCUAGGUAUUACACCUCACCUCUAUCGAAUCCUGACGCCCCGAAUCUGACGCCGACUUGAUUCGGUCAUCGCAUCUACAUCAAAGUUAAUUUCAAGUAUACAACCAUGAACCCGCCGACAAUCAAGGCUAUCCAGUCUCUCGAUUUGCUUCUUCAAGCAGAUCACGCUCCGCACUCCAUCACAGUUUGGAUUCUGAUUUCUUAAUUCCAGCGUGCGAUAAUCCACGGCCAUCUACGACCUUUACGCCUCAGGAGGCCACCGCAUCGACAAAUCGGCUGUUCACUAAUAAACAGAUCCCUGUCGCAAAUCUCCCAACGCAGGGGUCUCGAAAGUGCCCGAGAUAGACGAAGAAUUCCCCUUUCUGGGUUGCCAACAUGUGAACAAGGAUAAAGCGACAUCAUCUCACCCAACGAAGGCCACCACUACAACGAACCUCACGCGACAAUUGACAAAUUAUCUCCGGGCCUAUCACCCGACUUGAUAUGAAAACUUUGAGACUGGCCUGCAACCAAGGGUCUGGCCACACAAAGACCAUUCAGCCAUCGUUGGGACCGUCAAGAUCGGUGUUGGCUGUCCGGUAGCCAAAGUCCAAACAACUACAACACGACAAAACCGGGACACCGUCACAAAAAAAAAAAGAGGAUUGGACGACACCCUCAUCUCUGGUAGGCCACGUUCACCUAUCUACCAAGUUAAAACACGCAAGAAGAUUCAGCCGUGAUGCACAGAAACGCAAUCACUCCACGUGUGAGGUUGGACAAACGCUCACCAGUGGUUGCCCGCAACCGAGCCACGUCUCUUUAGUUUUCAGAUUUCAACAGUACAAUUUGCGCUCCCUGGAUCAACAAUCAGGCCUCGAGGAUAACCGGAGAUGGCAACUCCUUUUGACUGACUGUCAUUGAGCUACUCGUCUGGUCGAAAAACGGGAAAGCAAUUCAUUUCCCACUGAGACUUGAGACUUAACACCUACGUAUGUUCUUGACCGAAUGCACAGGUGUGUCGUUGUUACAAUGUUUCGUGUCCGGAUCUUGUGUCAUACCCACAAUCUCCUACCCGCACCCGACGAUAACGGAUUGAGUGCUGGGCUCCAUAUAUUUUCGUCGGGGUUUACUGGCUUUCGGUUCGCUGUGACUUGACUGACGACCGGCCCGGCCGUCCCGCGGAAGUAUCGCCGAUUUCAACAGCUGAUGUCGUGUCUCGAGCUUGCCGGUCGCCGGGUCUGUUAUAUGAUUCCGGCGCCGAUGAGUUUCUCGAGGGCAACCGCUGAUUGGGCAGAAACGUUGGAUGACAUCCGAGUAUGCAUGGUGAUUUUACCUAGGCAUUACUGCAUGACGGGAUUGCGCAGCAAUCUAACGACGUCAAAGUAAAUGUUUUGCGAUAUAGUUGUCCAUGAAUACUGUAGAGCGUAAACAGUGAAAUUCGCGGAUGACAUAUGCAGUAUGCGACUUUUACGGCCACAUUACCCGUAGCAACUUCUGGACGAUGCCAUGUGUUGUAUGUUCGACAACCAGCCCCCAUUUACUUGUCAGCCUCGCAGCCAAAGGCAACAACACUAUUGGUCAAAAGCUUUAGUCAGCCACACCCAUGUGGCGAAAGCUAGACGCGACUGAGGCGACGCGGCUGGGUUCAGUUUUCCACGACAGAUUGAUUUCAUGUGCGACAACGCCGAUUCUCAAAUUCACCAACGUCGUAGCAACCAGGCGACCGGGACCAUCCAGCAUUUCUCGAAAACUGCGAUUCGAUCAACGAUAUUCUUCGAAAACUUUUUUUUCGCAAACGCAACCCAACGGUCUUGCUCACGAACGACGAACGAAUACCCUCGACAUUCAUCAAACCGAGCAGACUUAACAAACCGACUCGACUUUUCGCCAUCUCCCUCCUUCUGACAACGGACUAUUGCAUUGAGAGUUCUCCUAGCCUACCCAUCACACAACCCAUCAAAUCCCCCAUACGCAGCCUCGCCAUCACAGCGAGAUAAGAAAGAAAAAAAACAAGUCAACAAAAUGGCCAACUUUCUCGCCUCCAUCUUCGGCACUGAGCAAGACAAAGUCAACUGCUCGUUCUAUUACAAGAUCGGCGCCUGCCGCCACGGCGACCGGUGCUCCCGCAAACACGUCAAACCCAGCUACUCGCAAACGAUCCUGAUGCCGAACCUGUACCACAACCCCGCCUUCGACCCCAAGAACCGGAUGAACGCGUCGCAGCUGCAGAACCACUUCGACGCCUUCUACGAGGACAUCUGGUGCGAGAUGUGCAAGUACGGCGAGCUGGAGGAGCUGGUGGUGUGCGACAACAACAACGACCACCUGAUCGGCAACGUGUACGCGCGGUUCAAGUACGAGGACUCAGCCCAAAAAGCGUGCGACGAUCUGAACUCUCGCUGGUACGCUGCUCGGCCGAUUUAUUGCGAACUCAGCCCCGUGACGGAUUUCCGCGAGGCCUGCUGCCGUUUGAACUCUGGCGAGGGUUGUGUCCGUGGAGGGUUUUGUAACUUUAUACACCGCAAGAACCCCAGCCCGGAGCUGGAGAGGGAGCUCGAGCUCAGCACCAAGAAGUGGCUCAAGAUGAGACCGCGGAGCCGCAGCCCGACGCGCUCGCCCAGCCCGGAACCGACUAGGAGACGGUAUUAGGAGUUGCGGUGUUUCAUGCUGGACAGAGUUGACGGUGGAGGACGGACGGCGAUGCGAAACAGACAUGGGGGUGUUGUAGUUUUUUUUUCCACGAACCAGAGAAACGAGAAGAGAAGACAGAGGUCGGUCCUGGCUCAGUGACUGGAAGUCAAUGUCAAGAGGCAGGCUGCACAUUUCGCGCGGGGACAGGUGGAAUGAAGACAUGGUUUAUGAAUGAGAAUAUGGGGAUAUCGAUUACAAGAAAGGCUCGGUCUGUCCCAAUUUGCAGAGCCGGGCCAAGGUCAUCAAGUUAGUCUUGGAGUCGGGGCGUUCUCGAUUACUACUGGAAUGUUCAAGUUAUGGCUUCGGCUAUACAUCACGAGUCUCAUUUCUGGUUGUGUUAUAUGUAUAUUAACAGUUUAAUAAAGGUUCUCCAAACCUUCCCCCUCCUUCUCAUCACGGG